GUGCUCGAAGAGGGCAGGGUUCAUAUGCGAGCCAUUCAAGUUGGAAAGCGCAUUGUGGAGGCAGCUCAACAAAGUGCUUGGCAAUACAAGUCAACCCGAGAUGCUUUGCGAAAGGCCCGCUUGGAGGAGGAGAGAGCAACCGAUCGAGAAGAGAAGAAGCGGCAAAAAGCAGCGGAGGCUGAAGCAGCGAGGAAGAAAAAGGAAGCUGAGAGGUUGGCCAAAAAACAAGAGAAAGAGCUAGAUCGACAACGCAAGAAGAAGGAAGCAGCAGAGCAAGAGGCUCAGGAGGAUCAGGCUCAGGAUGGAGAUGACCAGAACGGGGCUGGAGCAAGACGCAGACGUGGCAAAGGUGCUCAGGAGCUGACUGACAGUGACCACCCGGUCCUGGCAAACCGUUUCAGUGGGCAUGAGGUGCCUGUGGUGGAUACAAUGCCAAAGUUCAUUCCUGCCUGCUUGAAGUGUGAUCCUGUAAUAUGGAGGGCCAGGCGGCGCCAGACAAAGAAGAUCUUGGAAGAAGGAGGGCUUGGUGGCAAGACUGCACUGAACACCAAUUGCAUGCUGCAAGCGGAGCUCAAAACAUUCAUUUCCGAGGCUGCCACAACCUUUGAAAGUGAUGCCACCAGGGUCAAAAUCACGAAGGCUAUGUCUGAGCAAGCUCAGCAGUCAGCGUUGGAUCCCUUAUCCUUGGAGCUUCCCUUUACACGCAAGUUGGAGGAAGAGGCUGAUGAUCAGGCAGCAGCUGAGGAUAGGGAACCCUGCUUGCUGAUUGAGCGUGAGGUGCUAACCCAAGCACUUCUCAAGUGCAAAGAACAAGCAGCUGCAGAUGAAGCUGAAGCAGAUGAAGCCAGCAUCAAGACCGCCAAAAUACGUACACACACAGCAAAGCAGGACCUUUUUCACUUCAGCAAGCUGCAAAUGGUGGGGUUCAAGAAGACAGGUACCUUCAGUGGUGUGGUUUCUGGUCUUUUUCCUCAUCUGGUGUACCAAUCAGAGGGCACGCGAGCAAUGGCCAUGGUAAACAUCUAUGAUGUUGCUAG